UAAAAUCUGUUCAACAUUGGUUUUUGGUGAUGACACACGAGAUCUCUAAAAAUAUUAAAAGUAAUUUUUUGGAGCAAAAAAUAAAACAUUUGUUACAAGUUUUGCAAAUUUCCUUAUAACUAGAGUAUUAAUUAACAAAUAAACCAUGUCAUCCAGUGAAGGAACAAAUAAACCCGAACAAAUCAAUUUAGCCAACUUAAGUUUGGAACAAUUGGUACAAAUUAGACAAGAAUUUGAACAGGAAAUCAGUGGAAUUCAGGAGUCUUUACAAACUUUGUACAAUUGCAAAGCUAAAUAUGCUAGUUCGAAGGAAGCUUUAGAAUCUUUUCAACCUGAUUGGAAUAAUCGUCAAAUUCUUGUACCCUUGACCAGCAGUAUGUAUGUACCCGGCCGCAUUAAGGAUUUAGACAACUUUGUUAUUGAUGUUGGUACUGGCUACUAUGUUGAGAAGAAUCUUGAAGGCUCUAAGGAUUAUUUCAAACGUCGCGUUGAAUAUGUCCAAGAACAAAUUGAAAAAAUCGAAAAGAUUCAAAUUCAAAAGAGUCGCUUUUUGAAUGCUGUGAUAGGAGUGAUUGAAAUGAAACAAAUGGCAGCCGUUAAACAAAUGCAACAGCAACAACAAACUGCUUAAAUUUAAAAAUACACACAACAGAAACACUGGACUCCAAAUUUUUCAUUCAUAAAACAAACAAACAAACAAUAUGUUCAAUACACUUUUAAAAGAGGUUUAGUCGCAAACCUAAAACGAAAUAAAAAACACUUAAGAAAAAAUCUACAAAACAAAAA